UAUCGUUAGAUAUCCCAUAAUGCAGCACGUAACUGUGCCAUUCACCAAUGGAACAGUAGUGUACCGUCUGUGCGGCCAAUGGCAAGAUCAGUCACUCCCCUGCUAUACCGAACGGAAGCAGAUGCAGGGCACAAUACUUCUCGUUACUAAGCUAGCUAGUUUGUUUGCUGUGAAGCAUUAUCAACUUGGCUGCCCAAGUCGUUUUUUUUAAAACACUGUUUUGCCAAAUGUGACUUCUAUUGCCUUGGUUUAUAAAUCAGAUUUAAUAAGUUUAACUGUUUUCAUGUUCCAACUCCUUUUCAAUCUGGGUCAUGGAUGGUGUCGGUGCGCCGGAAGCAACUGCAGUAAGCUUGUAGGUAGAAUUUCUCUCUUCAAACGGGACAUCGGGAUGGAGUUGCAGGAAAUUAUACUUUGAACAUAUACCGCAAUUCCCGUAUCCAGCUCGCUGUUGUGGUAACAGCGGUGGACGGGACUGCGUGUUCAAGCAGUCGGUGGAUAUGAUGCUGUCCACUGACCCCAGGACCCCUCAGCAGGGCCCUGUGUCCACCUCAGGCCCGUGUCCCGCGGGCCCUCCCCUCUACCAGAACCGGUUGGCCGCUGCCCGCAGGGAAACCGGCAUGGAGGGGAAAGCCAAAGCAGCCGAGUUGCACUGGAACCUGGAGUCUAAGCCCUGCCUGCAGGUAGAGGGAGGGCAGGGCCAAGCCAUGUUCUCUCAGAAGAAGCACUGUGCCCCGGAGGUGAGCCACGGUGGAAAGGGCGCCUGUGUGAGCGCUAGCAGUGGAGAUGGCAGCACACCUCUGGGGAGACAAACCGAAAGAGAGUCCAAGGUUUUUGUCACGUACAGACAGGUCAGCAAAAGUAGGCCGCAGGCCAGUUUUACUGAAGAAGAGGGAACGCCGCGAGGUCCGCCUGUUUGGAACCCCUCUCUCGCGUGCCCCCCAGCACCCCACAUAGCCUCCGCCGGGGAGCAUCUAGGUGCCCUAGAGCGGUUCCUGACGGCCCAUCAGACCGAGAUGAAGAGCCUGCUGUCAGGCGCACUGGGCUCCCUGAGCCAACGUCUAGAGGUCCUGGAGCACCGGAUGGACCAGCUGUGUGAGCAGAGCAGCUCACACGGAAGCAGCCUGAAACUGCUUCACAGUAGGAUGGGACAGCUAGGGAGAGGCCUAGGCUCCACCUCCCCACUCAGUCCUCCUGCGAUGAACCUGUCCCCAUCACCCAGACAUGGAAGAUAUCAGCCCGUGGUGAAGGAAGAGGACCCAACAAUCACCAGGUGCUUUCCUCAGAGGCCACAUCCUGUUUGUCAGGUGCCUUCACCGGAAAAGACUGAAAAGACUCCAGAGCCGGUGUGUUCAUGGAAAGCGGCCAUCUUGUCUCCCACCAGCCUCAGUCCUGUCCAAAGGAGACAACCACCAAGUGUGCUCAGCUUAAGUAAAGACUGCUUCUGUAGCCUAGGGACGGGGUCGACGGCACCUUCUCUCGGAGUAUCCUCUCUGGGAGGCUCAUGUGCUCUAGGGGGCCAACCAGAGCGGUGCUUACAGGGUAACUAUUCUCCAGUAUCUGACUUUGAAGAUGCUGACACAGAGCUAGAGGUAGAGAACGGGCAGAAUGCCCUGAGCCUGUUGGUGGACACUGUUCUGGCCAGCACUGACAGCAGCACUAGCUGGGGACCUCCGUCCUCCUUGUUGCUAACGCGGCAAGCAUCGGACGGCACUCAGAGCAAAGCACCCGAGAAGAGCGUCAAGCAGUCCAGUGCGGAUUCUCUUAGUUUACAUGCCAUCACACCACUUCAGGUGCCUUCCAUCAGUGUCCAAAUUCCCGUGGAAAAGAUGGGAGACGAGAGGAGGUUGGACAGGAGGGAGGGUCUUCUCUGUGCGGUCUCGCAACCUAUUAAACUGAGCCCGAUAGGAGAACCCCCUACAUCAGUGCAUUCCAUCACAGUCAUUGGGGAAAGCGGACCCAGACAUGCGCUAUCGUUUGGGCCAACGAAAGCCCAACCAUCCCUUGGCUCUGGAUCAGCCAAGCCUGCGUCAGUGCUUAGCCCCAAGUCCCACUGUGACACAACGGAGGUUCAGAAACCAGAACGUAAAAAGAGACAGAGAAAGACUGAGAAGGCGCCAUGUGCCAGUUUGCUUGACACCACUGCCACUUCAUCUCCCCCACACAACUCAUCCAUUCGGCAGAAAGGAGCCUUGAAGCCCGAGGGUGGCGUCAGUGGGAGAUUGGAUGGUCACCCUCGUCUCGACAGCUCCACAGGCAGAACGCAGAGCUCAGGCACCCUCCCACAGCACAAGCAGGUGGUUGAUGAUGAUGAUGCUGCUGCUGACUCGCUGUCCUCAGCACUAAAUACUGACAACCCUAAAUCACCAACAGUAUCUUGUAUUGAACUAAAAUCCCCUAAUAGAGGGGUGGCAGGGCCUGGUCUUGCCCCGUGCCCCCAGCGCACUUUAAAUACUCACUCAGUCUCUAUGUGUGUGGAUACUAAGCUCGGGAGCAGAGGUACGAAACAGACCCUGUUGCCAUUUCACUCUACCAGUGUUGUGCACGCCCACUCUAAACUGUCCACACCCAAAAACGGCUCCUCGAAGCCCCUGUUUCUUGGCAUUAAGUCCAGGCCCGGGGAAGGCCAGUCCGUUUUGCACCAGUUAUCAGACACUGCCAGCCGACUGGUGGCCGGCGACUGGCCCUCCGACGAGACUCUCGUCUCAGUCGGCGGUCAGGGCAGGUCCUGCAGGUUGGGCGGCACGCAACGCUCCCUGGGCUCCAAGCUGAAGAACCACUGGGACAAGGAGCCGCCUUCGCGCCGGCGUUCCCUGCUCAAGAGGAUCGGGCUCUCCGAUCACACCUCAGAUCCGCUCAGUCAGCUGCAGCCCCUCAUGAGCCUCUGCGAGACCCUCUCGCCGCCGCUGGCAACCACCCUCACGGGCACGAGCCUGAAGCCCAGCGCAGUCGGCACGCUCUGCCGGAGCACCACCUCCUUCAACCAACUCCUCGGGGGCGGAAAUGCGUGCCACCAGCCGAGCCUGUCGCAGCUCUUCCGUGUGGCCGCCCAGUCGCCUGCAUCCCUGCUGAACCAGGGGGGUUUCUCCAAGGCGGGCAUCCAGACGGUGCUGGCCAUCUCGUCGCCGGGACGCUUCCGCCUCUGGCUCAAGCACAGGCGCCUCUCCGCCUUCAUGCAGCUCUCACCAGCCGCUGUUACCACCAUCGUCAGCCGCAUUGCCCUCCACCGGGACAAGUACCCUCCCAUUAGACCACUCGCUGACUACACUGCCCCGCCUGGUCUUGGCAAUGACCACAGCUAUGCACAUCGACCCUGUCAAGAGGCUACUUCUCCCCGCAGGACGAGAGCCACAGCACGAAGGUCUGGUUCGUCUGCGUCCCCGCGGCGUAACAAAACCAGGCUCACUCCUGAGCGGAGCCUGGAUAUCCCACCGCGCCACUCUCCCAGCCCCAAGGCCCACCGUCUGGACGGCUCGCCCGCCGAGCCUGUCCCCAACUUUGCCAAAGUCAGUGCCAAUGUCAAGUACCCAGGCCUGCACAACCGCGGGGCAUCCAGAGAGGCGGGGUUGUAUGACGGGAAUGUUCAGGCUCAGCCAGGUCAGCGGUCUAAGAGGGUCUCCCAGAUCCGCAUCCGCAAGACUGUUCCCAAACCGGACAACAACCUCACCCCUAUGGGGCUUCCCAAACCAAAGAGAUUGAAGAAGAAGGAAUUCAGCCUGGAAGAGAUCUACACAAACAAGAACUAUAAAUCACCAACUCCCAACAGGAGUCUCGAGACGAUCUUUGAGGAGCCUAAAGAGAAGAAUGGCGCCCUGGUGUGCAUUGGCCAUCAGAAACGCAAGCGCGUACUGGACUUUCCGGAUUUCACAUUACCACGGAAGCGCAAGGCUAGGCCCAACGUGGGGCUUAUCCGCAUUAAGGGGAGGGCCCGAAGAGGACGAGGGGACGACACUGACCUUGACGUCAUGCUGAUCGAGAGGCUCAGUGAGCUGGAGGACUACUUCUCUCGUGAAGGCCUGGAGGACUAGGUAUUUGUAAUAUAAAAGGAUGGAAGGCCCAAUCAUGAUUGAAGUACCCAUUUGUAGUCAUCUCACAGAUGUGUGUUAAACUGCUUGGACAUUACCAAUGGUAUGAUAAACUUUACAGUGCCAGUGCUGUUACUAAGAGCUGGGUCAUGGAGUCAGACAAACAUGGCUGUUCAUUGUCUCAGUUCACCGCAGAAUGGAGAUAUUUUCUUCUGAAACUGGCAGUAGCUUACCAUCAACCAACAGAGACAAUUGUUGGUUGUGCUGCUGUGGUCCAUUUAGUUUGACUAUUGUGUGUUGGUACAGAAAGAUCUGUCUCCACAAAGCACACACUUUUGUGAAUCCAUGCUAAAGUACACAUCAGUCAAUGAUGACUGCGAAUGAGGGGAAUCGCCACCAGAACUCCCCAACCCCCGGUCCCAGCACGGAGACCCAAUGUGCACAUUCUCUCGUAGAACCUAAUAGAACCUGUAAAUGUGUGUGUGUAGACAACCCAAGCACAUCUAAGAGGAAAACCUUAGCACUUUCACCCCUUAACCACCACCCCCUGGUUUCGCUCCAUGGAAACUUUUUCUAGAUGUGUUUGCCUGAUGCCACAAUCUAAAACCCUAAUCCUAGAUGACCACUGCAAUUUCUCUUUUUUUUUCUUUUACUUCGGUCCUUUCUUACUCUAAAUCUUGGCUGCUAUAGGUUGUUGCCUUCUCGUGUGUGUGUGUGUGUGUGUGUGUGUGUGUGUGUGUGUGUCACAUUGUGGCAUUCACUAUAGGACAUUUUAUGUACGUCUUUUUUAGCUCUAGAUUAUGUAGAGGGCUCAGUCAAGGGCUCUCUGACCAUACAGUUUCCAUUUCUUAAUCUGUGUCUAGUACCAGACUUUCAGUAUAACAUACAUGUAUGGAACUACCAAGAUGGGUUCUGUUCUAACUCUUAAGGGCAGCACUCUGCAUGGUGCAGUCAUCCGCUGGAUGAUGGGUCUGCUAGCCCACACAUUUCUUUACCCAUAAGGUGUCAGAUAUUGUCGGUGUGACACAAUGUGGCCUGUGGCAAUGUCAAUGCCCCCC